AUGUCGGCGUCGUCACUGGGCUACAGGGACGCCGGCUCCGUGCUGCUGUCGAAGGCCGACGCUGAGAGGGGCAGGGCGGACCUGAGGCGGACCGGAGGCCGCGACGAGCCCGCGGUGUUCACCGGAGCGGUCCUCUCCAGAAGGAAGCCUCGCGUGCAGAAGGAUGCGGACGCCGACAAAGACCACGAGGCGGCGGCGCUGACGCUGGACCGCUCGGAGGUCUGGGCGCGGAGGGCGGAGGGGCGCCUGAGGUGGUUGUCCAAAGCCCUAGUCCUUGUCGGCAAGAAGGCUGUGAAGGCGCAGCUGGUCUACGACAUCGUUGCACAUAGGAAGUUCGUCGCGGGCGCGUCCGACAAGACGGGCGAGCGGAUGAGGGCGCUCCUGCUGGCCAACCUGCACGUCUUCAGCGCGAAGCAGCAGAAAUACUUCUCCUCGGAGGCCAACGAGUUCAGCAGCUUCGGGACCAGCGCACCAAAGGACCGGGCGGCGGCGCGGCGGCGGCGCGCCCAGCCGCCAGCCCCACCAGGAGGCGGAGCGCCUCCCGCUCGCGCAGCCGCUGCGGCUCCCCGCCCGCGCCGCCGGCGCCCGCAUCGCCCAGGCCCGAGAGGCGAGCGCCCAGCCGUAGCUCGCCGUCCGCGCCGAGGAGGCGACGGGGCAGCCCCGCGCCUCGGGCGAGGAGGGCGGGCAGCCCCGCCUCCGCAAGGACACGAGCCCCGAGGCCCGCCCCGCCCCGAGCAGCGCGGCCCCGCCGCCGCCGGAGCGGCGAGCGGGCAGCCCCGUGCCGCCCCGCCCGCAGCGCCUCGAGGCCCGCCGCUUGCUUGA